GCUGCUGCUGCCUUGCCGGCGGUACGAAAAUAUUAUUAUUACCGCGGCGGCGGCGCGCACGCGCGUAGAGGCGUUUCACAGGCAUAUUUGUCGGCGGCGGUGUUUUGUUGCUGCGCCGCCGACCGGCGGACCGCGGACCGCGGACAGCAGUGUGCAACCAGCAACGGCGCCGAUGCACCGUGUCUGUCACCAGUCGCACGCCGUCCGCGCCGCGCCGAUUCUCCGGCUUUUCCGUUGCUGUCCGCGCGUUCAAAUCGCCGUCGUCGUCGCCGCCGCCGCCGAGUCAUGAGACGGCACAACCGACCGACAGCUGUUGCACGACGACUCGCGACCACUGCGACAAUAAUAUAAUAUUAAUUAUUAUAUCGGAUACGCCUCCCGGACCGCGCGCGCGCGAGUUUACCGCGUAAAUCGAAACGAUUUUCAUCGUUGUUGUAAUCAUUUACUGCAUAAAAUAUUGUAUCGAGACGCAGAGAGUCACGCCGCCACCACCGCCGUCUCGAUGAACGUGAAAAAGCAACAGAUGCAAUUGCAGCUGCAGCUGCAGCAACCACAACGGCGGCACGAUCGCACCGGGUUCGAGGCCCUGUUAGACCAGCCGGUGCCGGUGUCCGAGACGUCACCGCCCGGCGGGACGUCGCCGUGGUCGACCGGCGUCACCGACACGGCAAGUCGCUACGAUCACCCGCAUCACCGCCGGGGUCCGCCGGCCACCGGGGCCGGACGGUCGGACGUAUCCUCCAACGUCACCGGUUCGCCGACCGAAGCCGAUGACGCCACAGUCGCCGCCACCGCCGCUCGACCCGGACGCCCGCAGGACGAAGCGGUUACUACCCCACCGCCGCCGUCACCUUUGUCACUACCCAGCCCUUACUACGACCGGAAUCCCGUCAUCGGUUUCCCGGUGCAUCAUCACCACCAUCACCACCACCAUGUCCCCAAGUCGCCGCCGCCGAUCACCGCCACCGUACCGCUGGGAAACGUGCAAAACGUCGUGUACGCCACCGGCGAUCAUCAGGACCACAACGAUCUGCACCACGCGAACAGUUCAAAAUACUACUACCAGCGGCACAACUACAAGUCGGGUGGUUUGACAGAUGGGCGGGACGACGACAAGGAAAACAUCAAGCAACGGGACACAGCCGAAUGUCUGCAACAGCAGUUGGACGAAGUGUUGCAGGCGUGUGUGGACUACGAAGAGCGGAACAAAAGUCGGCAACAGGCGCAGUCUGAAAGCUCAGGGAACACGUCGCCAGCCAAUGCGGCGCCGUCGACGACCACGCCACCGUAUCAAAACCGGAUCAAAACAAACGGUUCUCUCCCGCGAGAUAGCAAGAAAUCCUCCACAGAAACGUCUUCACCCACGUCACCGUUGUCACCGAUGACAUCGCCACUAUCGCCUACGACAUCGCCACUAUCGCCUAUGACAUCUCCACUAUCGCCUAUGACAUCGCCACUAUCGCCAAUGACGUCGCCACUAUCCCCAUCAUCAACCUGGCCGUCCGUGGCUACCUCGUCUCCCCCUACACUGUCACCGUUGUCAUUGCGCGUGGCUGGAGGAGACAAUGACUCGGUAUUUUUGGAAAACGACAAUCUUCCGUCGUCGUCCGCAACUUGUGGAAGUCCCAGGACCAGAAUAAGAAUGCAUGCCCCGUCUUGUACGACGGUCACCGAAGAUUUAUACAACAACAGUGGCAAGGACCAUCAACUCGGUCAGAGUCAGCUCAACGGGCACGACGGCCCCGACGACCGUUUCAAAACGUCACCGACCGCUGCAGAUAACCUCUUGUCGAAAUCGCCUGACCGACCGCUACAACAAAUGAAGCUGCAGUCAUUGCAGUCGCCUUUCCUCCAAUCAUCACCGCCGCCUUCGUGGCAGACGACGACGAUGUGGCUGCGUUCGUCACCGUUUGCGGUGGAUUCCAAAGAAGGUAACACGACGACAACUCCGACGGUUUCGUUUGCUGCUGCCGACAGGGUGGCCGAGGUGGCCGAGCAACGCCGGAAGCUGCUGGUCGAAUUGUCCGCGCACAAGUCCCGGCUGGUGGAGUUGCACUUGCGCCGCGAAGAAGUCGACCGGGAGUUGAUCAUCGAGACCGCUUUGCUGCGUGCUGAACUCGAUGUUGCCGACGAUGAAACCCGUCAGUCGGACAACAUCGUAGACGGUUUGGACCGGGCCGUGGCUGAUUGCCGGCAAAAAAUGGACGCCUGUACUGUGAAACAGCAGGAUCAGAGGAUAGCAGCUGAUUCACAGUUGGCAGGACACCGGCGAACACUCCAAGGGUUACGGAAGCGGUUAGAAUCAAUCGAGGACAACGACGUUCUGAAAACUGAAAUACGUGCUUCCAUUGACAAACAGACGGAACUGUUGGAUGCCGAACAGAAGUUGUACGAAGAUGUAGAAUUCGGAUUGCUUGAAGAGGAGGCCGGAUGGCUGGCUCGCAGAGAAGAGUUGCACAGGGACCGGGCCGCGGCCGUGGCGGUCAGGCGGGCUCGACGGGCACGUGCCGAGUGGUUGCGCGCGCAGCUCGAUCAGCUCCGAAGCGUAGGCGAUGACCAGCUACGAGCACUGCGGACUGACAUAAACACAGCGACAUUGUCCAUUCAACAGGGUCACAAGAAACUGCAAGAUCUGGACGCCACCGUAGCCAGCACGACGACUGCAACAAACGCCAUAUCAGACCAAUACCGACGUCCCCAUCAGUUUCAUUACGAAAUGCAAUCAGGAGCGGAACAUCAACCACCCAAGUCUUUGGAGUGGUCAUGGGACCAGCAAUUAAAAUCUCCUAUGUCAUCGAGGUCUCCGUCGUCGUUGUCGUGGGACAUGCAGCCAUCAAGGUCACCGUGGUUUUCGACAGCCACUCCCGUGACGGAAGACACGACGGCCAAUAAUAUCAAUAGCUUGAUGACUGGUAGCAUGACGACUACGUGCUGUAGCAGUAUAGGCAGCAGUGGUGGCGAGGAGGAUGGUUGUACCAGACCGAUAUCGGAUGACUCUAUUUCACGAAUGUCAAUGUCGACCAUCUUCGACGGAGGGGCCACGAUCAAACUCCGACCAAAAAACAAAACGUCUCCGUCGGACAUCACAAAAAGGCCGUUGACUAGAUAUCUGCCGAUCCGGUACGACGGUGACGGCUCGACCGAGAACCGGAUGGCGUUCGACUUGCGCGCGCACAUCGAGUCGGCGGGACACCAGUUGGACGACGACAACGGCGGCGUGGACCGGCACUUCUGGAUCGACAGCGCGUCGUGCCGAGGCUACUUGAAAAAGCUGUCUGGUGCCGGCGGCAAGAACGCGCGCCGCGGCGGACGCAAGUGGCUGAAGAGAUGGUUCGUGUUCGACCGGCGGUCGAGGACCCUGUCCUAUUAUCGCCGCCGGUCGGACGACGCCGCCAACCAACGAGCGGGCGCCGCCGCCGCGACUGAGAAAAAAAUCCCACCAAGGGCGUCCAUCCGUUUUCAGGACAUUGAGGAAGUGUACGUCGACCACACAAACAGCACCAAGGGACAGGGGUGCGCGUUCGUGGUAAAGACCGCCCAGCGGACGUUCUACUUGUCGGCGGCGACUGGCCAAGCAGUCCGAGUGUGGGUGGACGUCAUAUUCACUGGCGCCGAAGGGUACCGGGAGUACCUAAAAGAUUCGACCGCCGAGGACGGGAUCGGAUGCGGAGACGGUCGUCGAUGAGUUCAGCAAACAAAAUCCUAACUUGCCCCGUGUCUGUGGGCUAAUUAUAUUUAUUUUUAUUUUUAUACGAGGCCGUCUAUAAUACCGCCGUGUAUAUUUUUUUUUUUCGCCAAAUAUAGUUUUAUCCAUUGUACCUACCUAUCAUUACAUUAUAUUUACAUUUCAAUGAUUAACGCGAAUGUGAAAUACGGUUGAUAGUUAUAUUAAAAAAAAAACAAAUGUUAUUGACUUUGAAGCGACUGUCGAGUUGCGAACAAUUUAAUCUAUAGACUGGAUAUAAUAAAUAUCAUAUUAUACACCUACAA